UUUAAAUUACAAAAGUAACGUUUUGUUGUAUUAAUUAUUGCUAUUUAUUUGCUUGCAUUUGGAUCACACACACGAGCAUCUUUCGCAGGUUCCGGUGGAUUUGGGAAACCCGCUGUCGUGGGAGAUCUCCGCGCUGCUGCAGGAGGGGUGGAUUUGCGUGAGCAGGGCUGGGUUAGGGUUAGGCAGCCUCAGUGCGGUGAUGUUUGCUGAACGCGGCUGUGCGGAAGUUCUUUCAUCCGUGCUGCAGUAGGGGUUAGUCUUUCAGCAAUUAUUCUCGCCACAACUUUAACGUGGGAUAAAACAAGAAGAUUUAAAACUUAUAAAACAGUGGCAUAGUUGGAAUAAUACCAAUUUUACUAAAGCAACCAUUUCGGUUGGAUACAUCCUCUCACUGUACACAAUGCCCAGGCCCAGCCACAGUGACCAUGUCCUUCAGCAGCUGAAUAACCAGAGAGAAUGGGGCUUCCUGUGUGACUGCUGUAUUGCCAUUGGAGACAUUUACUUCCGGGCACACAGGGCGGUCCUGGCAGCCUGCAGCUCUUAUUUCCGAAUGAUGUUUAUCAAAGACCAGCCGGUUACGGCCCGGCUGAAUCUCAGCAACAUGCAGAUCAGUGCAGAAUGUUUUGAUCUCAUUCUUCAGCUUAUGUACCUUGGCAGAAUCUCUGUGGGCCUGUACGAGUUUCAGGAACUCAAAGCAGCUAUGGUUUAUUUGCAGAUGUAUUAUAUUCCAGAAUCUCUGGAGGACCUUAAAGAUGUCAGUCGUACAAAUCUGACUCCUCCUUUGACCAGCAGUAAAAUGAUAUUCGGCGUCCGUAUGUAUGAACAGAAGACAGCCAGCAUUGUAGAAGCUGAGAGGUUGCAGCAAGCCACCAGCUCAACAUCAGCUGUGCAAAGUAGUAGUAGCAGCAGCAGCAGCAGCAACAGGCAGCCUGACGAUAUUGUGGUGUCUCGUGUUAUGUCUAAUGUGGACCCUGUUUCUGAACAACCAUGUGACCUGCGCAAGAAACCCUGCAGUAAAGUUUCACACAUUAAAGAGCGCCCACGUUUUGGAAGAACAUACACUUGCGAUGAUUGUGGGUUUGUUUUCAGCUGUGAAAAACUAUUAAUUGAACAUAUCCUGACCUGCACUAACAGAAAAGCAUUUCAGUCGCCCAAACAGAGUGCUGGAACAGACAACGGAUUUAGUAAGAAUGAACGCUCUGUCUCCGAGUCAUCGGAGGACCAGAACGACGUUUGCAAAAUGGACACGGACUGGCCAGAGCAGAAAUCAGAUACCGAUAGCUUUAAUAAUGAAACUGUGAUCAAAACAAUGGGGGUAGUCUGUAAACAGCCUACAACAAGGAAUGCCAUCAUUAUCAAAAUCGAGCCGGAGGAAAGUUCUGCUUUAGAGGUAAAUGGCAUUAAAGUGGUCCAGGUUAGCGAUAACAGUGUGGACAAUUGUGCUCUGAGAGAUGUAUAUGAGGACGAGAUAAAAGAGUCAGUUUUUCAUGUUAAAGAUGAUGAAGCAGCCAUGUCUGGGAAGGAGAACCGUAAGGGUUCUUUCGAGAUUCAUUUGGGAAAGCGGGACAAUAAAGGCACUUUAACCAAAGCCAUAAAAGAGGAAAGGCUGGACACUGUAUAUAUCGCUUGCGAGCUAUGUGGUAUAUCUUUAACGGAGGAAGACCUGUCUUCCCAUUAUAUAUCGAGUCAUAUGGGACAUAUUUGUGCUUGCGGUAGGUGUGGCCAAAUAUUAAUCAAAGGCCAGCAGUUACAAGAACAUGCACAGAGAUGUGGGGAAACAACUGAUUUGGAAACUGACGGCUUAGAAGACGAGUCAGUCGACGAAGAGAAACAUAUAGUGGACGAAGGCCUACCAGAAAGCGAUGUACAGUUCGAGAGUGACGUCGCCAGGUCUUGCCAGAUGUACAAGGACGUUUGUUUCACCUUCUGUUGCCCACACUGCAGUCUGCGUUUCGAGAACGAGAAGUUAGUCGUAGACCACAUGGCCAAGUGCGCAAAGCAAAACAUGUUCAAAAGCACCUUGGCAGAGCAAAGGGAACAAGACCACAGGCGGAAGCAUUUCUGCAGCAUCUGUGGGAAGGGGUUUUACCAGCGCUGUCACCUUCGGGAGCACUAUACAGUUCACACCAAGCAGAAGCAGUUCUCCUGCGUGACGUGUGGAAAGCAGUUUCUGCGAGAGCGUCAGCUGCGGCUGCACAACGAUAUGCACAAAGGCAUGGCCAGGUACAUUUGCCCUGUGUGCGAUCAGGGGACUUUCCUUAAGCAUGAUCACGUGCGGCACAUGAUCUCCCACCUGUCUGCCGGGGAGACUAUAUGCCAGGUGUGCUUCCAGAUAUUCUCCAACAGCGAUCAACUAGAGCAGCACAUGGAUGUGCAUUUGUACAUUUGUGGGGUUUGUGGGGAGAAGUUCAGAUUGAGGAAAGACAUGAGAUGCCACUAUAACUCUAAACACAAAUUAUGAGUCAUAUGUUGUAUGUAGAAGCCGUAGAUGUGAAAAGAUGUAUGAUAAUCCUAAAAAAUACACCAAAAAAAUACAUAUUUUAGGCAUUUUGUAAUACGGAGAGGUUCUCUGUGUUGAUGUCAUUUAAGUAGAGGGUUUUGUGCCAGAAGCUUUGAUAUAGUUCUAAAAUGUAACAUUUCAGUUUUCACAAAUGAUUGGAAUAACAAAUGAUGCAAGACUAGAGGUGGUGAUCGCAUUGCCCAUGUUUCCCUUUUUUACUUCCCUUGGUAUCUCUGAAUAGAGAAUCAUCUCCUCUUUAAAACAUAUGCAAAAGAUUUUAAUGAGCAAUUCAUCUCACAAGUAUAGUAGUAACCCAAAAUGUUCUCCUUUUUCAUGUUCAAACUGGGGAUGGUUUGCCGGAUAACUUACUUGCUCACUGAAUAUCUAGGUAUCGCUGAAUAGAUAAUCUCAUCUUUAAAAAUAUCCUAAAUAUUUUAAUAAGCAGUCUGUGUUAUGCUAAAUAUGAUCCACUUACUAUCAAUGCAGAAUAUUUUAUCAGCCUUGGCAAUCACCACUCAGGAUUUUUUUUUUGGGGGGGGGGGGGGGUUAAAACAGAGAGUCAUUCAGCAGUGUUAAUAAAUUAAUCAUAUUUUGGGUGCCAUUGAACUUGUGAGACGGAUCGCUUGUUAAAAUCCUUAGCAUCAUUUUAAAGAGGAGACCAUUUAUGUAUUCAGGGAUACCAAGAUAUUUAGUGAACAAGUAGUCUUGAAUGAGGUUAUCUGGCAGCAAACUCCCAUUCCCCAGUUGUACUGCUUUCCUAGAAAACACAAAACAUUUGAGGAUACCAUUCUACGUGUAUAAUGUCUAGAAUAUGAUUAUCUAUUCAAGGAUACCAAAAUGUUUAGUAAGUAAAGCGUUUGAGUGAGGAAGAAUGGGCAAUAAAAUUGUUACCCUCAGUCGUUCUGUAAAUCAUUUGUUGUUUCCAUAAUUUGUGUCUGUACUAUAUAUAAUACUAUAUAUUCAUUUCUGAUGUUUUCACUUUUACAGCUAUUUAAUAUUUUGUCCCUGUGGGAAAUGUGUAUAUGGUGCUGGUGAGAUGGUAAGAAUGUAAACAGAACACUUGUAUUGAUAUUGAAAUUGGUGAAUGCAUAUGUAGCCCUCUGACACUGUAGAAUCAUCUUGCGCUGAUUGACAUUUCACAGGCAUAGCAGUAGGUUUUAUUGUACCACAAGUAGGGAAGAAGUGCACAAUAUUUUGUAUUUAAAUGUGCUGCCUAAUACUUGGUACAGGUCAAAAGUUUGAACAUAUUUCACAUAUUGUGAUGUUUAAGCUGUUAAAUUUAUUUGAAACAAAAUUAAUUAAUGUAAUUGACAUCCAUUUAAACUCAUAUAAGGAAACAACAGCGAGCUAAAGAAGAUCAACAUGACAAACUCCCCUUAGGGAAGUCCAAAUAAAUGAUCUGCUGUCGAGCUGCAUUUGCUUCAGUGUUUUUUUGUAACUUUUUAUUUUAAAACUUGGAAAGGAAAUACACUUAUUGUUAUUUCCUCAAAAUAGCUUGUCUGCAUUAUAAAAUAAUCUUUACGUUGUUGUCAAAUAUAUUUUGUGAGGCCCUACUGGUACAUUUAUUUGUGAAAUAAUGUUGUCUAAAAUCCUAAAAUUCUAGUUGAUGCAAAACUGUUGGCCAUAUCUGUACGUACGCAAGCCAAUGUGGGACUUGUUUAUUACAAUUGUCAUUAUUUUUCCUGUUUUAUAGAAUUAUUUUAGGAGUGCCAAUGAGAUGCAAGCUUUUUGUUUCCAAGGAUGUGUUUGGGUGGCAACAGCACAGACAGGGACAUGUUAAAGCAAAAGGAGAAGAUAUAGACUACAAUAUUCUGGUUUAUUGUUUGCCUGAGGAGGAUUUCUCUUUUUUUUUUAUAAAUAGUAGUUUUACUUUUUUGAAAAGAAUGGGUUGGUUGUUUACACUUCAUAUCAAACGUAUACUAAAAUGUAUUUUAGUGAUGUGUGCAGUGAUGUAUUUAUAUUAUGAAACCAAAUGACUUUAGAUGGUGUUGGUCAUGGGGGAGGUUCUUGUGAUCAUGGGCAAAGGAUUGUUUCCAAUAAGGCCUUAAGAGCUGUAGACAAACGUCAAUAAUUAUUUUCUAUGAAGGCCAUAAUGUCAGCUAUUAAACGUGAUGCUGAAGCUAAAGAGGUCAAAUAGAUGAAUAUUGUGGUUGAAAUGACUUCCCACUUAAUAAACAAACAUAACAAAUGUUCUCCUUAACAAAAACAACUUUAUCACAGGUUCCUUGUCAUUUUGCUGUGAAUUUUAUUUUGCUUGUGUCUAGUUUUGUAAAUUGAAUUAUUAAAGAAUGGAGUAAAGUAAUUGGAAUAAAAUAAACUAAACAGUCUUCAGGAAAAAAAAAAAGAAACACUUCGAGAAAGUUGUUAUGCGAGGAAAAAACCUGGCAGUGCUAAUAACUAAUGCUUUAAAUUCUGUUCACUUUUUAACCUCAACACUGGGCCCCCUUUCAUUGAUAUGAAAGUAUUUUAGUGAUAAUGUUGCUGGUGUUGAAAUGUAUGUUGUGACAUUAUGGCUGUAAAUUCAAUAUUAGCAACAGGAAAAAACUACACUACCAUAAUGUAUGUCCACCGUAUGCACAUGUAAAAAUAACUAAGCCUUCACAUACGGUCUCCCCGAAUUUCGAUAAUGGUUCUUUUCAUCAUAAUAGCUGGGUGAGUGGUUCUUUAGAUGUAAGUAAAUACUGCCUGCCUUUGCAUACCCCGAGGCUUAAGGCACUUAAUAACUUGGAACUAAUUAAGGUCCUUUGCUAGUGUUAUAGCAGGACAAGCCGUUCUCUUGAUAUGCAAAACUGUGAUCUACUAUACGUAUGCCCAUCACAUCUAUAUCCCCCAGCAAGGAUAUACGGAAUUCCGGAAAUAGCAAGAGGUACAAAUAAUUAUAAACAUGGUUAGUACUGGUUUGUAAGUGUUACAGAGGCUAGUAAGAUAUUCUGGACAUAGCCCCCGAUAAAGACAAAUCCAGACCAGAUUAAAUUAUUUAUAUUAUUAAAAAAAAAAAAAAAAAAAAAAAAACUAAAAGAAAACUGCUUUGUAACUUUUAAACCACCUGUGCUUGUAGGUUUCUUUGCUGUGGAAGCAGAUUGAGAAUGACCAGGCAGUUAUUAGAACACUUAACUGUAAUUUUUAAUACUAGACCCACUAACCUUUUGAAUGACCUAAAAACUCACUAUAUAUUGGAAGUUUCAAGGUUUCACUAUGCACUUACAUGCUAUUACUGUAAAUUAUUGCAACAAUGCCAUUUCACUGAAAAAAUGUCAAUAAAGAUUUCAGUUGAAAAAUGCCUUCAGUUUCCUAUUUAUAUAUUUUUUACAUUUUGUAAUAUUUAUGCUGAAAUCUAAAAUACUUAAUAAAGUGUAAUUGAUGCAUGGCUAACGGGACACCACCCUCAAAGAAACUUCAUACAGCACUGAAAUGACACAAGAGUAUCAGCAGUAAACAGUGGUACUGUACCACCACUGUGUGUCUCUCCAAAAUGGAGGGUGUCAUUCAAAUGCUGCAUUUUGAUUUUAUAAAAACAUUUUGGGAAAAUCAAGUCCCAAUUUGCAACGAACGGUGGCCAUUUUAGGCAGUUAAUGCAAUUUAAGGCUUCAAGUGCAGAUGCAUAACAGAAGACCGUCUGGGGCCUUCAGUACUCAUGUAUUUAUGUGAGACCAAGAACCGGGUACCUCUUACGGAGCAGCUUACUCGCAGCUGGUCAGAAACUUCAAAGUUUUUUGUUGUUUUGUUUAAUAAAAUGGCAGCAAGUGCUUGUGCCAAUAGCUUCAGUUGUGAUAGGAAAAUUCAAUGUUAAGAUUUAAAAGAUGGAGGUCGCUAAAAUUCAAGAAAUGUAAUUUUAAAAGAAAUGAAAAGUUUUAGGUACAAUGCUACAGAAAAUAUUUUUUGGACAAAAUUAAUAUGAAUUCAGUGAAGGGCAUGAAUUGGCUUAAACAUUUCAAACAUUUUUUUGUAGAAGUUUCACUUUUCAAGCCAGCUGUAAGCAAAAACUUAUCAUAUUUACUAAAACACCUGGGUGAAUAUAAACUUUAUUAAAGGUUACAGAUUCAAAUGUCAUUUUAUUAGUUUUUGCCACCUUCCCCUUACCUUUUUUAAAUUUAUUUAUGAAUUUAUAAAUCAUUUUCCUCCUAAGUGCCUGCUCCUUUUGAGGAUUUCCUGAUUCCAAAGACACCACAUUCAGUGGCCUUUCAACACUGCUGGCAUCCACUUGCUUAAUAUUACUGUUACUGUGGAACUGUCCUACGAUUUCUCUGAAACACCAAGUGCUCAAAAGGGGUCGUUAAGGGAUAGUUGAACAAUGUAAUGUGACCUUCAUAUUCUCAAUUACUAUUUUUUUAAAGUUAGAGUCACCAAUUAUUUUACCCCUGAUUUUCUCCCCACUUUAGCAUGAACAAUUAUGUUCCUUCACUGCAGCAAUCCUCCCACAGCUCAGGAGAACUGAAGGUUUAUUAGACAUCUUCUGAUCCCACAAACAAGCUACAUUCCUCUUCUACACCCAGGAGCUUGAGAGUGGAUGCCACUGAGCUAACAGCCCUAAAGGAUCUGUCUGAGCUCACCAGGCUCCUGGCCAGUAGGGUCCACUGUAGUGUGCUAUACUGCAUGCUGGUAAUUACAUGGCCUGUGGUUCUGUGUGCUGUAUUGCUGAACCAGACACCCACCUUGUUGGUCCAUUAUUGCAUUCCAACCCUUUUUUUUAACCAGACACAGGUUUUAGCUUCAUGGUUCCAACUCUCUUGAACUCUCUCCCGGCUUUAGUGCAUGUGGCUCCCACGUUCGCUCGCUUCAAAUUAACUCUCAAGAUCCAUUUGUUCUCUCUUGCUUUCAGUGCUCUUUAAGCCUGAUUUCUGUUACUAGCUGUUGUCUAA